CGCUGCUCACCUCUGGCGUCUCUUCUUCUUCCCUUUUCUUUUUGCUGCGCUUCCGGAGAAGUCGUCUUUACUAGAAGCCACGUGCUAAAUUUGUAGUUUGCAAGUUUCGUUCGAUUCUUGAACCGUUCGCCACGAGAGAUGACGAAGGGAACCUCCAGCUUUGGUAAGCGCCACAACAAGACGCACACCCUGUGCCGUCGCUGUGGCCGCUCCUCCUACCACAUCCAGAAGUCUACUUGCGCCCAGUGCGGCUACCCCGCCGCCAAGUUGCGUUCCUACAACUGGUCGGUGAAGGCCAAGAGGAGGAAGACCACUGGCACCGGUCGCAUGCAGCACCUGAAGGUCGUGCGCCGCCGUUUCCGCAACGGAUUCCGCGAGGGCACCCAGGCCAAGCCCAAGAAGGCUGCGCAGUCCAGCAAGUAGAAGGCUCUGGGUAUCCCAAGAAGUAUAUCCCACACCGGGUUAUAUAGACGGAGAUAGCUGCUGCCCUUAACCACUGAGAACGACAGCCUCCAGUUGAUCAACGUGAACACACCAUCCAAAAUCCACUGAAAAUGGCCCGCAACAUGGCUAAUAAAUCGCUCGAGCGCUAAUAAAUGAACGUUUUUUUUUAUUAAGUGAAA